AUGGGGAGCUGCCUCAGCAAGAAGCGAGUCUCCGCCAACAGCAGGAAGAACAAGGAGAACAACGGGUCUAAGCUUGAGCAGGACGCGGCGGUCACUCUCGGCCGCGGAUCUGCCGCCGCCGCCCCUCCGCAUUCUUCUCUGCCUCCGCCGCCGCCGGAGGAGGAGGCCGUGGUGAAGGAGGUGCUCACGGAGACGCCCUCAGUCCUGCCGAAUCCUAAAUCUCGGGUAGGCGGCGAGAUUGCCACCGUGAAGCCGCCCGACGCCGCUGAAGGGACGGCGGCGGCGGCGGCGGCACCUGUAGGCGGCGGCACCGAGGAUAAAUCCGACGCAGCGUCGGAGAACUGGAGCUUUAGCGAGAGCUUCGUCUCCGCCACGCCGACGGAGAGGGAAGAGGCGGAUGAAAUUUCCUCGUCGGCCCCACCUCCGACGAAGCGGAGGUCUCCGGCGGAGAAGACCCACCACCACCGCUACCACCACCAACAGCGGAACGAUGUUAGGGCCGGCGGUGGCGGCUGGGGCACGCCGUCGACGCGGAAUGGGGACAGGUCCACUCCGAGAAGACAGCCGGCGGCGGCAAUAGGAACGGACCACGGCGAGAGGUCCGGCCGAAGGUCCGCCUCACCGAUGGCGAAGGGGGCGGAGGACCGUCACUCUCCCGGCUCAGGCGGCGGCGGCGGAGGAGGAGCAGUCAGCAGAAGCUCGUCGAUGAGGAAGGCGGGGACGGGGUCGCCGCGGCGGGCAGCCCCGCCGGCGGGGGGUGGCGCGACCCGGAAGAUGGCGGCGCCGCCGAGGGCGGCGCUCGAGGACUCGGUGGAGAAUCCUCUCGUCUCCCUGGAGUGCUUCAUCUUCCUCUGA